AUGGCGGAUUACAACGGAGAUGUCAUAGACAUGGAGGGAAACGACCUGCUAAUAAGUCACGUGGAAAGUAAAGACAAAGGUGGAAAGUACAACGUCCGUUUGUUUAAAUUAAAGUCGAAAAAUGAUAAGUCAAGGGAGUAUGAAAUAAACGACUCCAUGUCGUCGGAGGCAUUCUUGAAAGGAUACCUACACAAUAGCUCCGAUUUGGUAAUGCUCUCAGAUGACACUUUUUCUCUCUACGAUAGUGAAAAAAAAAAAAAAAACACAUUAACAAAUUUGAAUGACUGCGAACCAAGCGACUUUGUAUACUUUAAAAAAAACAUCAUUUUUAUACAAAAGAAUAAGUGUUCCCUAUUUCAAGCGAGGACAAAUGGCAAAUGUAGCACUAUGCUAAAUUUGAAGGAGCCUCCUGUGAAGGUGAAUUUUUGCUCCCAUAUGAAAAACAUCAUAUAUCUGAGUACCAAGAGUAGAGUGUACUUUUUGAAGCUGCUUCAUUUGAAGGACAAAACGUUGAAGCUUAGGAAUACUAAUAUGAGUCUCCCUACCAAAUAUCGACAGGAGGAACAUGUAUACCAUUCGCACAGGAAUGAAAAUCCGCAGGGCAAGAAUGAAUACAAAGAAGUCAUACACGUCUGUAGUUACUCAUGUAAGGAUGUCACUGUAUACAAAUUUGUAAAGGGACAAGUGAAGAAUAAGAAGAAGUGCUUUACCAAGCUCGAUAUAAGGAUGCUAAAUGAUGAGUCCAUAAAGGGGGUCUUCUUUUUCAAAGUCAAACAUUCGUCAAGGGGUUGCAACAAUGGGGAGGAAUCCGCACGUGAGGGGGGACACCUUAGUACCUCCAACGCAAGUGGUGAUGAAAAUGUGAAUCAUGUAAGUCAUGCCAACGAGGGAGAAAACUCCCACGAUGUUGCAGAUUCUAAAGAAGUAUCUGAACGGGAAGACCAAAAUGGAGAGGUAGAAGUAGCCCAUGAAGGACAAACAAGCAGCACAUCCCCUACGAAGGAAGAUGUUAUAAAACUGUACCUACUCAUAUAUAGUAAUAGUGGCAAAGUUCUGAUUUACCUCAUCGAUUACUUGAACUUGCCCCAUUUUAAGUUCGGUCUAGCACACGUCAGCAAGUGCCCGCUAGCACAGAUGGAGCUGCCAUUCAAAGUAGCGCAAAUAUACGACGCAUCUGAUAAUCUCCUUAAAAGAGUAAUGAAGCAAAAAAAUAUCCUAAAAAAGAAAAAAGAAAAUUCCCCCAAUUUUUCAAAAUAUCUACACCAUAUGGAUAACAAAUACGCCUACAUAAAUAGUAACUUUUUCAUGGAUACAAUUUUUAUAAGUGAAAAAUCUGCUGUUAUUUAUACUAUACAAAUACGGCAUGAUUUUUUAACCAUCCCAGAAGAGGGUGAAGAAGUUGUGCUCCUAAAGGUCAUGAACGCGAAUGAGAAAAUUGUAGCCAUUAAAGAUGUGGAGGAUAGUGAAGUGAAAAAAAAUUUGGUUCACAAAAUUUUGAACGAAUCUAAAUUUUCCUGCUACUCCGAUAGCGACUCCUACAUUGACAGUGACAUCACGUGGAAUGACGACAGUGACAAAACGGACAGUUGUGAUGAGGACAAAUCGGAUUACAGCGAAUGUGACGUAACUGCCGAUCAGGGACAUGUGAAUAACAGCACAGGUGAUGAUACGGUGAAACAGGAUUUGCCUCUCCCAGGGGGUAAAAUCCAAUUAGUACAAAUGGCCUGCAAUGAGCCGAGUAAAAACGCUGCAAAAAGUUGUGCCCACAAUGAUCAGGACAUCGAUGUGCAGGACGAUGUGCAUGACGAUGUGCGUGACGACGCAUCCGCCCCCGAAGAAGAACCGUCCAAUGCAAGCAGCCACGAAACGGAUCACCUCAAACAGGGCGAAAAAGGCGCCGCAAGGGAAACCCACCAAGGGAUCGACGAAUUUGAGGUCACCACGAAUGUGUCAAGAAAUGAUGGAAGUGUGUCCAACUCGACGAGGGAAAAGAACGGGACGCACGCGUCGUGCAGUUCGACGCCUUCCUUGGGGGGCAGCGACACUGUGCUAGGCAGGGUGGAUGAGGAGGAACAAACAGACGAAUUGGGAGAAGCCAACUUAACGGACCAAAAGGGCGAGGAAAGGAAAAAAAGAAAAUUAAAAAAGGAGGAAAGUGCACCAGGCGUGGACAUUCCAGAGGGAAAUUUUUUACAACGCGAAAAUGUGAAGAAGUCUAAAGUAGGAGACAGUUCAUUAGACGAAUUGACAUGCGAAGUAACGGGCCAAGUGGCAGAUGACGUGCCGAGACGGAACAAAAUGAACAUCACGGAGGACUGCUUUAACGAUAUGGAAAGUCCCUCCGAAGGGGAAACAAAAAACAACAACAGCGAAAAUGUAGUAACCCCGAGUGAUAAAUUUUUAGCCCUGUCAUCCAUGAUAAAGCUAAAUAUAUCCCUAGGAAGAUACCAUAUUGUUAGUAUGCUGGUUAAAGUAAAAGACAAGAAAUUGAUAAAAGAUACAGUUUCCAAUUUGGGAAAAAAAUAUUCCAUAAAAUUGUUAGAGGUUCUUUUGAAUUCUCUUGCCAGGAGUAGAUUUUUUCUAGGCACUUUUUUUUUCUGGAUUAAAGCCAUAUGUAAAGAACAUAAAGAAACGCUGAAGGGCAAGAAGUAUCGGAAAUUGGUGACCAAAAUAUCUCUCCUCGCGGAAAAUAAUUUGAAAAAUGAAGGUAUAAUAAAACAUGUUAUAAACAAAAUUGAUUUUACAAUCGAUCAUAUUAGAAAAAACCUAAUUUCCGACAAUGAUCAAAUUUUAAAUUAUCAAGAUGGAACCAUCAUGAAGUGA